CACAUUCUCACGCGCUCUCUUUCUACUCUCACUGGUUCUCACACACACAAUGCGACGCACUACUCCGACUAUCCAUCUCUUCGCCGCCAACGACGCCGCCUUCUGCACCGUCACAAUGUCUUCACGCCCUUAUCACCGAGGAUAUCAGAGAGGAUUCUCCAGCCGCUCGUAUUCCGGAGGGAGAGACAAGUUCGUUACCGGCGACGAGCACUUACGGCCGGUCAGCGAUGCCAAUUCAGCACUCCGAGGAGAUGAGAGAGGAAACUUUGCGAAUCAAACACAGUACCAUCAGAAUCAAGCUUGCAAUCCAAGGCUUCAUCAUCAUCCUCAUCCACCGCCAUACUACCAGAAUCCAUCUUACAAUCCAAGACUUCAUCAUCAUCCUCCUCCACCGCUUCAUUUUCGGCCGUUUACACCUUAUGAUCACCGGCCUGCAUUUCGUCCGCAGCAGAAUUUUCGCCCGUGCCCUCCCGACCAUCGAGAGUGGGAGAAUGCGUUGACGCCGCCACCUCGUCAUUGUGAAAGGUUUAAAAUCCUGUCCUAUAAUAUAUUGGCUGACUACCUUGCUAAGGACCACUGGAAAAAACUUUAUUAUCACAUACCUCCAUACAUGUUGGACUGGCAGUGGAGAAAGAGGAAAAUUAUUUUUGAGCUAGGCUUGUGGUCUGCUGAUAUCAUGUGUUUUCAGGAGGUUGAUAGAUUUCAGGAGUUGGCUGAGGAUUUGAAGUUUAAGGGAUACAGAGGCACCUGGAAGAUGCGUACGGGAAAUCCAGUUGAUGGCUGUGCAAUCUUUUGGCGAACAUCAAGGUUCAAUUUGUUAUAUGAAGAAUGCAUUGAGUUCAACAAGUUGGGACUGAGAGACAAUGUCGCUCAAAUAUGUGUAUUAGAGUUCAUUAAUCGAAAUGGAUCUCUCCCACCCAGCCUGACAGAUUCUCGUAAAGUUGUGGUUUGCAACAUUCAUGUGCUUUACAAUCCAAAUAGAGGAGAAAUCAAGCUUGGCCAGGUCAGAGUCCUAUUGGAUAAGGCUCAAGCUGUUUCUCAACUCUGGAAUCAUGCCCCUGUUAUUAUCUGUGGGGAUUUUAAUUGUACCCCUAAGAGUCCAUUGUACAACUUUAUUGCAGAACAAAAGUUAGAUCUGUCUGGAAUAGAUAGGAAUAAAGUAUCAGGGCAAGCUUCUGCUGUACUUCGCUCCCCAUGGAUCCAUGGUUCUAAAUCUAGCGAAAACAGAUAUUCUAAUGGUUCAGUUCAGGCCACAUCUGCUGAAGGUGACAAGGAAGUUACUAUUGAACAAAAUAGUUCUGUGCCAGACAUGCAGAAUCCGGACACUGAGAAUAACAGUUCAGAGAAUCAAAAUACUCACCCUGUUUUGGAUAUGCCUGAUAAGACAAAUGUGCAGUGUAGCAGGCUAAGUGAUGAUUGUGCAGGAAAAGAUACUCAGGAGGCUGUUGGCCAUAAUAAGAUUUUCGGUGAAGUUGAUGGCAUGAAAGAAGUGCCAAAUCCUUCUAAUAAUAAAGGUAGGCUCCCAAUUGAUCAUAUAAAUGAUGAUGAAAUUCAUGACAUCACACCUAUGACAUCUUCAGAUCUUGAAACGGUUCACAAUGACCCAACUGGGACGGGAAGCACGGAACAUACAUCAGAUGUUAUCUCAACUUCAAAUCAAGAACCAUUAAGUGUAAAAUGCAACUUGCAUGAUCAUAAAGUGAAUAAGCAUAUAGAGUUUGACUGUUCCUCAACCUCUCUUCAAGAAGGUGAUCAAGCUUCAAAGGUGAAGAUGGAUCUUGAGUCAACAGAUCUUCUUAAGGUAGAAGUAUCUUCAACUAAAACAUCCAGUAAGACUUCAGUUUCUGAUGCUUUUGAAGUCCCUCAUCCAGAAUAUAGAGAAAGCUCAUCUUAUGAGGUCAUUGCUAAUGACCAAAUAAAUUGCUCAACAACUGCAUAUCUAGUUGACGGGUCACAUGAUUCUACCAACAUUGACUUUCCAUUAAAUGAAAAACUAGAUAAAUUUUCCUUUGAUGAGAUAGAUAAAGUCGAUGUAAGCAGUGGGAAUAUUGGCGAAGAUGCCAUUGAUUUCAUAAAUGCCUUACAUAAUGCCGAAGAAGAAAGCAAUGAAGUGAAGGACGACUUAUCUCCAAGUCUGAUUUCCAAUUAUAUUGGUGCCGAGAAAACUACUUAUAAUCCAUCAUUGUGGACCUCUGCUGACAUAGAAACUGGAACAGGAAAUGCAGAGUGCACGUUCUUAGAACACCCUUUACCACUUAGGAGCACAUACACUGAAGCUAUGGACAGUUCAGGGACUAGAGACCUCUAUGGUGAACCCUUGGUAACCAGUUACAACAAGUGCUUCUUGGGCACUGUGGACUAUAUUUGGCGAUCUGAAGGUCUGCAAACAACCAGAGUUCUUGCUCCGAUACCUAAACAUGUCAUGGAAAGUGCACGAGGAUACCCAACAAAGAAAUGGGGUAGCGAUCAUAUUGCCUUGGUUUCUGAGUUGGCUUUCUUGGAAGAUGAUACUGCCAUCAGCAAGGAUGUUGUAUAACAUUUUAUUAGAUAAAAAAAUUGUGGGCAUUUGCUGUUGUAAGAUCUUCAAAUGUGGUGUCAGGUCUUGGCCUAAUUUGCCCCCUUCAGAUUUUAUGUUAUGGGGGAGAAUAAGGUUCUCCAGAAACUGAGACGUAUUUAUUUGUAAAUAAAUAAAUAUUAUUUUUCAAAUUGAUCGUGUACAUUAUGUUGAGCCUGUGAAAUGCGAGUCUAUAUGAUUCUUUUGGCCUGUUA